AUGGCCGCCUUUGUGAAAGCCGUCAACGCAAAGAUCAGGGCGCAUCCUGUCCUGAACUAUGUCUGCUCUACACAUUUCUGGGGGCCCGUCUCCAACUUUGGCAUCCCCGUCGCCGCCGUUAUGGACACCCAAAAGAGUCCAGAGCUCAUCUCUGGGCCCAUGACCUUCGCCCUCUGCGUCUACUCGGCCACCUUUAUGCGCUACUCGCUUGCCGUCACGCCCAAGAACUACCUCCUCUUCUUGUGCCACUUCGUCAACGAGGGCUCGCAGCUCACCCAAGGAUACCGGUACCUGGCAUGGCACAAAUGGGGCGGCAAGGAAAAGGCCGCUCUCGAGAGUGCCGUGGACACGGGGAAGGAAACCGCCAAGGCGGUGGAGGAUAAGGCUAAGGAGCUCGUGGGCAAGAAAUAA